AUGGCAACGGCAUCUACACUACAAAAUGCCUCUUCCAAAAAGCGUCGCUUCCAACCCCCUAUCACCAGCUACUUUGCGGCCUCCACGAGCCCAGAAAACAGCGACCUCUCACACCAGAACUAUGCUGCGCCCACAAAUACACCCACCCCUGCCCUCCCAAACGACAUCCUCUCCUCGCUUCUCGGCGUCGGCGCUCGAGUCCGCAAAUCAGUUCCGGAAGGCUACAAGACCGAGCAGAAGAAGUUGACGGCCUACACAAUACCCGCCAGGACGAAUUCUACAACAAUGACGACAACGGUCUACAGCGAAUUACAACCCUUUUGCGGGAUCCACAAAGUUGGAAACCUUGCUGUGCAGACGUUUCCACGACCAGAUGAAGAUUAUAGAAGCGAGGAGAUGCUGAGCGUUGAUGACUUGGAGAUUGUCUCUAUGCCGUCGAGUAGUCAGGAGUCGAAUGCGUCGUUCUCUUCGGCGAGUCAUAAAAGGACUUUGGAACCGGAUGUUGAGGAAGAAGAUGAAGAUGAUAACGGUUAUAUUCAUCAAGGCAUCUGGCAGGAUACUAUUCCCACUAUUUCUAUCUACAACACAUCAUCCUCCAGUACCAUGUCACGGCGGACCAUACUUUCUCCAAGACUCGGCCAACAUAGACGACGCAUUGUCGCAUCCAGCCGCACGAGUUCAUACAAAGGUCUCACCGAACAAGAAAAUACAAAUCCGCUUGCUGUCACUUCUAUGCCAUAUGACAGCAUGGAUAUCGACGACUUUGGCGAGGCUUCGUUCCUGCGCCGGAGGGAGGAGGUGGAUUUUGAGUAUAUGUGA